CCAGUUCGAUUUCGAACCACGCAACUCUAGCAUGUAAUCGUUCGUCUCGCCGUCUAACAUUUGUGUCGAACUACAUUUUGUUUUGCCAUUCAAUAAAUCUAUUAUUUACCACUGAAUAAGCGGCGCCACGGAGCCCUAAAAGAGUGUGCGCGUUCCGGAGACUCGGCGCACAGCGGCCCGCAGCGAUACGUCCAUGAAAAUCGAACGGCAACAGCAGCAGCACCCACAACCAGCGGAGGCAACAGCAACAAAAUACACAAAAUAAAGAAGCAGCAGACGGAAAAGUGCACAAAUGGUGCAGAACUGAGUGGAAAGGCCACCGAGCACAGAUUUCUCACAGUGCAGGAGCCCGGAGACGCCGAAAUGCUCUAGAGGGCGGCGCUUCAGCACGAUUUUCUCCCCGCGGAGAGCCCAAAGUUGCCAGCGGACGAGGAUGACUGCUCCUGGCGAAGCAUUAAGUUAAGAGACAUACAGCCAUUGUUUACAGCAGGCAGCUCAGACACCGGGAUAGGAUAGGAUAGGAUAUGCCCUCGGGCCAGCCCACUUGAGUUGAGGAGAGCAGAGGAGAGGAUCGGGAUCCGUGCGCGAGGAGAGGAUCUGCAGCCUUGUUUAGCAUUUAGUCCGGUCAUCGUGCCAGCGCCUUGUUAACCACACUCUCUUGUUUACGUUUGCUUGUUUGUUGAACUCCACAAAUCGUCCUUCCAUUAAUUGUUAGUCACGCGUCCCUCUCGUUGAGCACACUAAUCAAAAUGAAAGCAUCCUCGUCGAUAUCGAAAUUGAAGUUGAAAUUGAAAUCGAAAUUGAAAGCUAAGUUGCAAUUGAAAUCGAAGCGUCCAGCCGUUAAAGCUACAAUCAAAUUACACCCGUCCAAACCCACCUCGUCAUCGCCAUUGCCAUCGUCACCGCCAUCGAAGAUUGGAGCCAGGGCCGUCAGGACUGCGCCAGGAUCAGUCGUCUGCCAUCCCAAUUGAGUGAAGCCGAGGAUACACGAAUCUAAGGGUACUGAAUGUACUGCAUCAACUGUAAUAUAAGCUACGUAAAUAGGAAUUUAUGCGAAUAAGAGUAAUUAAGUGAAGCGUGUAGUUAAACAUUUCUACAAACCGGACAUAAAAAGAUUCAACCAUCUUAAAGGACUUGCAGCGCUAUGGAUUGAUAUGUUCUCAAGCGUUGGCCAUUUCUCACUUGAGUUUAAUCGGAACAACUGGAACCAUUCGGAAUACCAAUAUCUUCCCCUGAUUUCAUGUUGAAUUUUUUAUGCAAAUUACAUAUGCCUUGUCUAAUUGCCUUCCAAAUUCGCAAACGAGCGCAUCUUCCAUGUCCCAGCUAUUUGUAAAAUACGGGCGUUUGUGAUUUGAAACCGAGAACACGUUCGUUGAUCGUAACUGGUAACUUAAGCGUAAUAUUAGGUAAAUAUUUAGCAGCGAUCGCUUGUCGUGGGAAGCCAAUUUAGAGUGGCAUGAGUGGCCAUCCAUCGGGAAUCCGGAAACAUGAUGAUAAUGAGUGUAGUGGCCCACGACCACCAGUACCCGGAGAAGAGAGCCGUGUUAAAAAGAUGACCGAAGGGGUAGCAGAUACCUCGAAGAAUUCGUCGCCAUCCUACCUGAACUGGGCCCGGACGCUGAACCACCUGCUGGAGGACCGCGAUGGGGUCGAGCUCUUUAAGAAGUACGUGGAGGAGGAGGCGCCCGCCUACAACGACCACCUCAACUUCUACUUCGCCUGCGAGGGCCUCAAGCAGCAGACGGAUCCGGAGAAAAUCAAGCAGAUAAUCGGAGCCAUCUACAGAUUCUUGCGCAAGAGUCAGCUGUCCAUCUCCGAUGACCUGCGCGCCCAGAUCAAGGCCAUCAAGACGAAUCCCGAGAUCCCGCUCAGCCCACACAUAUUCGAUCCCAUGCAGCGCCAUGUGGAGGUCACCAUCCGCGACAACAUCUACCCCACGUUUCUCUGCUCCGAGAUGUACAUCCUCUACAUCCAGCAGAUGUCCGCCCAGCAGGAGCGCUGCACCAGCAGCGGCGCCACGGGAUCGGGAAGUGCCGGGAGUAGUGGCAGCGGCGGCAGCAGCCUAGCGGGUGCCUGUGCCCUGCCACCGACCACCGCGUCCGGCAAGCAGCAGCUCCCGCAGCUGGUGCCGCCCGGUGCCUUCAUCAACCUGCCGGUGAGCAGCGUGAGCGGGCCGCCAGCUGGCACGUGCAGUGCCAGCGGCAGUGUGUACGGUCCCUCGACUUCGGCCAGCUCCAGCGGCUCAAUAAGCGCCACCGACACACUGCCCCGCAGCUCCACGCUGCCCACGCUGCACGAGGACUCGGUGCUGUCGCUCUGCGACGACUUCGAGAAGGUGCAGAUGCAGGAGGGCGGCGGAUCCCUCGGCUCUGGAUCUGUGGGCGCGGGUGCGCGAGCGCCCGACUACCCGAUUCGCCUCACGCGGGACCUACUAAUAGCAACUCAGAAAAGAAGACUGGAAAUCCGACCUCCUGGUGCCCACGGUUACGUGUACAAUCCAAGCACUACCAACACCUCCUAUGUGCCGAAUUCGCGGGUUGAUUCGGAGAGGGCCAGCGUUAGCUCCGGCGGGCGCACCGACUCCGACACCAUGUCGAUCUCCAGCUGUUCCAUGGACGGUCGCCCGUACAUCCAACGCAGACACAGCUCCACGGAGAGCAAGGCGAUCCGCCAGAGCGCGAUGGCAAACAAGGAGACCAACACCUUUCAGGUGAUACCUCGCACACAACGACUACAUUCGAACGAGCACAGACCACUGAAGGAAGAGGAGCUGGUGUCCUUGCUGAUACCCAAGUUGGAGGAAGUGAAGCGAAAGCGAGACCUGGAGGAAAGAGCUCGCGAGAGAAAUCCCGGUGCUGCUCUGCUUACCAACGAAAGAUCCAGUGCCAGCGAUCGAGCCUUCGCCGAGGCGAUACGAGAGAAGUUUGCACUGGACGAAGACAACGACCAAGACAUUCUGGACCAGCAUGUGUCGCGGGUGUGGAAGGACCAAACGCCGCACCGCUCGCCGGGAACGAUGUCGCCCUGCCCACCCAUACCGUCGCGCCGACGUACAGCCACCCACGAUUCCGGAAUGGUCAGCGAUGGCGCCAUGAGUCUAAGCGGACACUCAAUGAAGCACUCAAAGUCCAUGCCGGAUCACAGUUCCUGCUCGAGGAAGUUGACAAACAAAUGGCCUUCCAUGAACACAGACAGUGGCAUUAGCAUGUUCUCGGCCGACACUGUUACCAAGUACAAAGAUGCGAGUUCUCGAUCUGGCUCUAGCACGGCCUCGAAACUGGAGGAGGCGAAACGAAGACUGGAAGACGAGCCGCGGCGCUCUCGUCGAUACGCCCAACCGCCGAUGCAGCACCUGUCGCAACAGCCACUGGCCUCCUUCAGCAGCAGCAGCAGUGGCGGCAGCAUCAGCCUGCCACACCAGCCACCGCCUCUGCCGGCCAAGCCGCCGGAGACGAUCGUGGUGUUCUCGUUCUGCGAGGAGCCAGUGCCGUACAGGAUAAAAAUACCCGGUACUCAGCCAACCCUGCGUCAGUUUAAGGACUAUCUGCCCAGAAGAGGUCACUUUAGGUUCUUCUUCAAGACGCACUGCGAGGACCCGGACAGUCCAGUGAUUCAGGAAGAGAUUGUUAACGACUCCGACAUACUGCCGCUAUUCGGAGACAAAGCGAUGGGUCUUGUCAAGCCAUCCGAUUAAUAUUAAGCAUUUAGCGUAGAUUUUGUAUUAAGGCAAAUCGUGAGUGUGGCUUGGUGCACUGAUGCACUCGGCAAGAUACGAAUACGAUAACGAACGCACCAAGUGUACGCAUCUUAGAGCUAGCAACUGGAGAAGCUAUUUCCGACAAAUCAAAAGCUAUAUAUGUACGGGCGACCGGCUUUUGUAAGCAUCACAAACUACUCUCUGCGGGGGCAAUGUAUUUUUCUGUACAACAAAAACUGAUCUAUUCACCAGCCACCCAAACAAAGGUGGUGGUUGGUUCUACGUUUGUAAAUCCAUAACGAGAAUAUUCGGAGCUAUUGGUAGGAGAGAACGAUCCUCUUUAUGUUCACACCUUGGCGGCCGUACGUUCAGAGUCCGAAAAGCGUUUCAGUCCCGCAGCCAGGGACUGAGAUCUUUAGGAACUACUGCACAAAAUCACAUUAUUAGGAAGAUUUAUGGGUUUACCUCGAUUGGGAUUUGUUUGUUACCUUUUACUAACUACGGACUGCCUGCAAUAAAUUUUGUUAAUAUUUUUGUAAUGUGCAUUUUAUGAUGAUGAUAUGAUGAUAUUAACAAAGUUCUAUUCAACUCGACAAAAAAUCAAAAGAUAAUCUGUUUUAUUUUUGUAUAUCUAUAGCACAGCAUACACACUUAACUUUAUGUAUUUAUACAAUGUAUUGUAAUUGCGUCAAUUGCAUCUACCGAUCUACCAUUAGGCACAUUUCAUUUGGGGCUCGAUCAGUCCAGCAGCGACCAAUACUGGAAUACAAUGGGUGGGUGGUUUAUUGGCCCUUGGCCGGAACGGACGAGGUCGAUCGAUUGAUUUAUUCAAAUAAGUUAAUGCAUACACACACACUUACUAUACAUAUUUUUUUAAGAAAACUGAAAUAACCGCAGAAAUAUGCAAGUAACGGAUAAAUUUAUUAUAUCAAACAUAUUUUAUUUGUGAGCAAAAUGCAUAUAGAUUUAAUAAAAAAGUACAUGGAUAGAACGU